AUGUCAAAAGCAGAAAGAAGACACCCAUACCUUGCGGGCAACUUUGCCCCUAUUCAAACUACACUCGCCGAUGAGUCUUGCCACUUUGAGGGCACCGUUCCUGAGGAGUUUCUGGGGGGACAAUAUGUCCGGAAUGGCACCAAUCCCCUUCAGCACGACGCUCAGCGUGACCUCCACUGGUUUGACGGCGAUGGCAUGCUCACGGGCGUGUACUUUAAGCGUAUUCCGGGGCAACCCAGUGUCCAGCCAAUCUUUACCAACCAAUAUGUUCUAACGGACAUUUAUUGCGCAACCGUGCGAAAUCGCCGUCUCGGCCCCAUCACGCCUAGUGUUGCAACCUUGACCAAUCCUGCCUUGUCGUCCUUCCGGAUUUUGCUCGAGGUCUUGCGGAGUAUGGUAUUGAUAUAUGCAUCUAUCUGCGGUUUGGUUGCCCGGCCUAUCAGGAGGGUGAGCAGCGCGAAUACUAGCAUUUUCCAUCAUGAUGGCCGCGUCUUAGCUACAAAUGAGGUCGGACCUCCCAUGCGCAUGUUACUUCCACUGCUGAGAACGGUGGGCUGGUUUACUGGCAACACGGCCGAAGGGGAGUCUGAGGUCUCUGACAGGCCCAAAUCGUACUUUGGCGGGCCAGGUAUAGAAGGAUUCUAUAAGGAGAUGACCACAGCUCAUCCUAGAGUCGAUUCCCAUACCAAUGAACUGCUUCUAUUCCACUCAACGUUUAUUCCACCAUUCGUCAAUUACUCCAUUGUACCUGCUAGAAGCUCGCUAACGCCGGGGCUCUGUCUCAAUCAACCCGUCCCUGGCCUUACUUCAGGGAAGAUGAUGCACGAUUUUGGAGUAUCGCAUCAACAUACCCUUAUCAUAGACCUGCCUCUCUCACUGGACCCGUUUAAGCUCUUUCACGGUAAACCAGUGGUGCAAUACGAUCCACAAGGUCAAACCAGACUUGGGGUGUUCCCUCGACACUUCCCGGAGCUUAUCCGAUGGUUCAAGACGGAUGCCUGUGUGGUUAUGCAUACCGUGAAUAGCUGGGAUGAAGAAACUCCCAGCGGUAUACGGGUGAACAUGCUCCUUUGUCGCAUGAACAGUAUCGCCCCAUUGUACCAUAUGGGCAACCUGAAUGCGCCAGGGGCUAUGAACGAGCCAGAUCCCCAAUGCCGUCUCUAUUAUUACCAAUUUCCGCCAGACCACGACGACUCCACAUCUAUCUCUCAGCAGUGGGCACUAUCGGCCAUUCCAUUCGAAUUUCCAUGCGUACCCCAGCACCUUGAGAUGAAACAGACACGGUUCGUCUAUGGAUGCUCUAUGCGGAAGGGGAACUUUGCCGCCUCCCACAUCAGCAGCUAUAAGAUCGAUUGCCUCGUCAAAGUGGAUGUGCAGCAUCUUCUUUUGCGGGCGAAAACUGACCCUCCGUCCCCGGUAGAUGGCUGUGUAGACAAGCGAUCAAUAGCUACCAUCCUCGCAUCAAGUAAUCGUGACGAUCCCAUCCAAGUUUUUGCCUUCCCCUCGGGGUGGUAUGCUCAGGAGUGUUCGUUUAUUCCGCGCGGGGAUGGGAAGUCCGAAGAUGAUGGCUGGCUCGUUACAUAUGUCUUCGACGAGUCACAACUGGAUGAAAAUGGUGAUGCUCCACCUGACUCACACAGUGAGAUGUGGGUCAUUGAUGCGGUGGGGAUGAAAGAUGUGGUUUGCAAGGUAGUCCUGCCUCAGCGAGUGCCGUAUGGGAUGCAUGGGAACUGGUUUUCCGAGGAGCAGAUUGUGAACCAGCGAGAGGCAACAAUCCUGAAGAUGCAGCUGUUCUCUCUUUCCCUGCUUCUCUGCGUCCCUGCUUUGGCGGCCCCAGCUCCUCCAGCAGCCGCAACAUACCCUCCCAGAAUCGCUUCUUUAGGUACCCUCCAGGCACUGAAGUACAACAACUUGGGCUCCGCAAACAAUGGCACCGCUGCAGUCUUGGUUUACGAUCAACUACCGUACUCCAGCGCGCAGGUUCGGUGUGCUUCCAUCGGAGAAGCCCUCUACCCGUUCCAAAAUGCACCCCAAUCCAACGCCACGGAGCUAGAGUACCAGCUAGACUAUCUUGUCUAUGCAAAGGAUUUACAGGAGAAUAGCUCCCUGUGGAUAGCCAAGUCCUCGCCAGAAGAUUGCCAGGCAUAUUCCCAAAGUCUUAAACGAAUCAUCUCGGUUUCAUGUUAUCAAGAACUGCCUGCCCUUUGUACCUCCAGCGUGCAUCCUACCACUGACAAAGACAGGACAGCUGUGAACAAAUCAAAGAUCUCAAUCUCGUUUGAUGAUUUCCAAAUGACCGGAUAUCGUGACGGGCGCUCGUUUCGGUUUCUAGGCGUUCCCUUUGCGGACCCGCCUGUGAGGAAUUUGCGGUUCGCACCACCACGCCCUUAUUCAGGCCCCAAAAGCAUCGACGCAACGAAAAUGGCCGAUUCGUGCAUUCAAUCGGUCUCAGGCUUUGGAACACUCGACAAUGGCGGCAUCUCGGAGGACUGUCUAUACCUAAACAUCUAUUCUCCCGUCCUGCCUUCGCCGCGUGAUAGAACCCCCGCUCGCAAGCCUGUCGCCGUAUACUUCUAUGGUGGCGGGUUCACCAGCGGCACCGCAUCCAUGGUCGACUACGAUGGAGGAAACUUUGCCAGCCGCAACGACAUUGUUGUUAUGACGGUCAACUACCGAGUCGGUGCGCUAGGCUGGCUGACCACGGGCAACCUCACGACUGGAAAUUACGGUACACGCGACCAGAUUCUGGCCUUGGAAUGGGUCAACAAGUACAUCGAGGCGUUCGGUGGAGACCCAAACCACAUCACAAUCUUUGGUCAGUCGGCCGGAGGUCAAAGCGUUAUUGCACUACUCUCCUCGACUGCUGCCCGUGGCCUCUUUUCUGGUGCCAUUGUGCAGUCAGCCCCGGUAGACCUCCCCUGGUUCACCCGCGAGGUAUAUACCAAGAUUGUCAUCCCUAACAUCGCUGGUGCUGUCGGUUGCAACGGAACCACGUCCGAAACUGCCCUCGUCUCCUGCCUCAGAUCUGUUCCGGCAACGCGAUACCUCGACAACACGACCGAGUUCGAAGCUGCCAUGACAGACUCCACCGAGACAAUUGCCUCUGACUAUCUCCAUUCCAGCGAGAUCCUGGCAUCUAUAGAGCCCCUGAUACCUAUAGUCGACGAUACCGGCAGCGGCGUCAUUGACGACCAAUUCUACCGUCUUCUCGCCUCGAACAAGCUCCCCAACCGCGUUCCAACCAUCUUCACAACCGUUACCGACGAAGCAGCCCUCUACGUAGACGAUUAUGUCCCGAAUGUUGGUACAACGGAGGCCGCCCUUGAGCUCGUCUACAGCUACGCCUACCCCACCUCCCUCAUUAAAUCCCUCCUCGCAACCAACGCCUUCCCUCUGAAUUCGUCCGACCCUGACAGCGUCCGGAACACCGUCGCUGACGCUCUUACCCACAGCGAAUGGAGUUGCCCACAAGCCUACCUCCUCCGCAAUGGCGGCCGCCACAUUUUCCCGCGCCUUUGGGAACUCGAAAUCAGACAUGGCCACAUCCAAACCACUGUCGACGUCCCCAGCAUCUGCUCCCCCAACGUCGAUUACAACGCCACGUGCCAUGCUUCAGAUGUUCUCCUCGACUGGAGUACCCUCAACAGCAAGACCAAGAAUGUAUCCCCAUACUACAACCAACGAGAUAUCCUACACUCCCAACUCCUUAACGAUAUCUUCGGCUCAUUCUUCCGCACCAGGAAUCCGAACCCGGAUCUGAAGAUGCUGAAGCUCCGUGGUCCCGCGUAUGCAUCGACAUACCAGAUCUUUGGGCCUCGCGGAUACUACAUGUCCGAAUAUGAAGUAGCGGAGCGAAACGUCAGUCUUCUGGAUAUGCCACCAUCGGCUGUAAUGAACCCAGAUAUCACGGAGAAGUGUGCCGUAUUCGAGGACUUUGGGUUUGGUUUCCAAAGAGCCAAUCUUACUAUCUGAGAGUGGUAGAUACAGAAGAUUGCUCUGAUGAAGAGAGAAUAGGGGAGUGUAUAUAUGGAUGGUUAGCGUAGAUAGCUAGCUACCGGUCUCAGCCUCCAGUCUAGAUCUUAUCCUACACUAAUAAUCCACUUCUUGAAGAACCAAGAAUGCAUAAGUACCAAAGAAUGUCGAUUCAUCCCGCCAAUUGUCAAAUGCUUAACUUCCCUUGCCAGAAUGGAAUGGAAUGGAACGGGAUGAGAUGCACACUGCACAUACCUCCUCCUUGACAAAUUCGCACUCCCUCGUUUUUAUUUCCGACACACUUCGAACAUGUAGAAUGACCCAACCAAGCCACAAGCUAUACAUCAUACUCGCUUCGAACCAUGCAUCCUAAAAAUAGCCAUGUC